AAAUGCCAUAUGACCUCAGGUCUGUCCUGGGGGAAGGUGGCUGGAGGUAUGGGAUGGACAGAUGGAAGAAAGAUGACUGACCAAAGCUGAAGCAUCCAAAAUGUGGGUGUCAAAACAGAAGUGGCUGAUCUGGAGUGUUGUAAAGGUUUGCAGCACCGCCGAGGUGAGCAGCGGAACCCCGGCACCACCGAACCUCCCGGCAGGGCUGGAGCUCCCCGCCGGUGAGAGGACACCGCGGUCAGUGGAAAUGAGAAUUAUUUUAGAGCGUAAAAGUCACACAUCGCUCCUCCAUCCCGCACCAGAAGCACAGCCCCAGCACCACCGGCUGAGCGUGAGGCUCUGGCACCCCCUGCGGGUGAUGCGGCUGUCACACCGCGUGUCCCCGCGGCCGCUCCUGUCCCGGACUCGCCGCCUGUGGAUGCCCCUGGGCGAGUGCAGGGCCGGCCAGCAGCGCGUCCCGUCCCGUCCCCGGGUCCGGCGCUUCCCGGCGCUCCGCCAUCCGCGCGGGCCAGCGGCGCCGGAGGGAGAGCGGCCAUGGCUCCGCCCCGGCCGCGCGCAUGCGCAUAGCUGACCCGGCAAAAUGGCGGAGCUGGAGGAGCCGAGGCGGCGGAUCCCGCUGGUGCCGGAGAACUUGCUGAAGAAGAGGAAGGCGUACCUGGCCAUCAAGGCCACCCAGGCCAAGCAGGCGCUGCUCAACAAACGCAAGCAGCAGAAGGGGAAGCAGAUCCAGUUCAGGCGCCUGGAGACGUUUGUUCGGGAUUCAUGGCGCAAACGCCGGGAUGACACCCGCCUGAGGCGCAUGGAGCAGAGGCCUGGGUCGGCAGCGGUGCCUCAGGAGAGCAAGCUGGCCUUCGUCGUGAGGAUUGUGGACAUUAAGGGGGUGACCAAGAGGGUGAGAAGAGUGAUUGAGCUGCUGCGGCUGAAGAAGAAUUACACCGGCGUGUUUGUGAAGCUGAGCCCGCUGUCGCUGAAGAUGCUGCGGAUCGUGGAGCCUUACGUGGCGUGGGGACAGCCUAACCUGAAAUCUGUGCGAGAGCUCAUCCUGAAACGAGGCCAAGCCAAGAUCAAGAAAAAGAGGGUACCUCUGACAGACAACAUGCUGAUAGAGGAACAUUUAGGGGGCUGUGGUAUCAUUUGCUUGGAAGACCUUAUUCAUGAAAUCUACUCCACUGGGAAGUAUUUCAGGAGAGUGACCAGCUUUCUGUGGCCGUUCCAUCUGUCGGUGGCUCGGCACGCGUCGCGGAACAGAGUGGGUUUCCUCAAGGAGAUGGGCAAGCCUGGCUUCAGAGGGGAUGCCAUCAACCAGCUCAUCCGUCAGCUCAACUAGUCAGGGUUUUUGUGAAAACUUCAGGAUCUAUGACCUGUUCCUUUUCACAUGAUCCUUUCAUGGACAUUAUCUACGUGGAGUGAUCUGUAUGCAACUUCUCUUGACUGGUGCCUCUAUAAAAGAAGAAACACAGAGAUGAUGAUGAUGGAGAUGGGCUUUGGGCUGGCCCCUCUUAAAGAAGAAGAUAAAUUCUGUUUGGUACAAGAAUGAGCUUCUUGGAGCAAUUUCACUUUUGCAUCUCUGUAAAAUAAGUGGUUUUAUGCUCACUACUGCAGA